GGGUAUCGCGCAUGCUCAGUCACCACCGCCGCCAUAAAGUGGCGCUUUCACGACGAGGGACCGCGGCCCGGUGAGCGACAGAAACCCGUGAAAGGCGCUGCGCUUUGAGCGGGAUUUCGGCUUCACCUCGCCAUGGCUCGGGACGUGAAGAGCAAACUAUCCAAGAAUCUCCUCCGCAUGAAGUUCAUGCAAAGGGGCUUGGAUUCAGAAACCAAAAAGCAGCUUGAGGAAGAGGAGAAGAAAAUAAUCAGUGAAGAACAUUGGUUUCUGGAUCGACCGGAACUGAAAGAAAAAGAGAGCCUCGUCAUAGAGGAAAGAAGCUUCACCAUGUGUGAAGAUCUUCUGUACGGCAGAAUGUCCUUCAAAGGGUUCAAUCCUGAAGUCGAGAAGUUAAUGGUCCAGAUGAACUCACGGUACAAGACAGAAGAGAACGAAGAGGAAAAGAAUGUGAAGGAAACUGAUGUAUCGGAUGAGGAAAUGGCUAGAAGGUAUGAAACGUUAGUGGGAACCAUCGGGAGGAAAUUCCUGAAGAAAAGAGACCGCCAUGUUUUGCAAGAUCCUACAGAGGUGGAAAGCAAUGAGAGGAGGCCCAUCAAAGUGAGAAAAGAAUUUUUAAAACCCCAGGAUUAAUGUCGGAUAUUGUGCGUAUUCCUUGCAAGGAACAGAAAGUUAGAAGGCCAUUUAUUUUUGUAAAUUGCUGGCGCUCCUGGA